AUGACGGGGCUAUAUCAAGUUCCUGUCUCUGGUCGAUACAACCUGGAAGUUAUUGUUAUUCAUUGCAACGACCACAUGCACAACAUGAAGCAGCAUGGUGUUGAUGCAAAGAGUCAACCAGGCGCGAUGAAUAUUGACGAACACCUUUGUAUAGAAGAUCCAUAUUACCACAGAUUGACAGAAGAAACUACGAAGAUUUGGGUUGACCAUACAGCAGCAACACUUAUGCAACCAAAGAGGGAUGUGGCGCAAGCUGGCUAUUGGAGACGUCGAGAUGAUGCGGGAGUCAACAACGAUGGAUCGCAAACUCUUCUGACCCGCUUCCAAUCGACAGACAACCACUUUUGGGAAACGCCCAGUAAUCCUACUUCAAUGGGAGAGUACGUCUACGACGCACUACUGUCCGGUAUAGUACCGAAGAAGGAAGAUCUUUUACUUGGUAAUGGCAGUCCACAAAUUUGUCUGUUGGGGUCCAGAACGUCGCAUCAAGAGCCACAGCAGCUAGCAGGAAGAAUCAAAAGUUACCUGAGAACUCGAGUCGGGGUAAACGUGACUCUUACUUGGAGUAUCGUUGAGUCUCCCUUGCAUGUCACGAAGGCAUUUGCCCAAAGCCUCAUUGAGAGCCAAAAUUGCAGAAAGAUUGUGAUCACAGGCGUGCCACCGUGGCAUGAAACGAACGACUCUGACGCUGAUCCUACCAGCGCUGUUGACUACUGGGAUGGAGUCCACGCCAUUGUUCGAAAAGUGCAGGCGCCAUCUCAUCAGGUUGGGCGAUACCGCGAUGAAGUCGAAGGCAUGCUUCGCACGUUUGUCAACUUUCGUAGCAGCGUCCCAGAAGAAAGUGGAUCGUUCGAUCUCUAUUUGCUUCCACUUCCUUAUCGACCAUUGGAUCUCAAAAUGACUUCAUGCCCUCCAUUAGAUUGGCGUUCACCUCCCGUCAUUGAUGGCUACAAUGUUGCAAUGGCUGAAGCAUGUGAAGCUCUAGGUGGGUCGCAGAACAAUGUCACAUUCCUCGAUACUCGGCCCAUUUUAGACCCCUUGUGGGAUUCUGUGGACGACUGGGGUAGAAGUCUCGAUCCUGAUGGCACUGUCUUGACUGCGGAAGCAAACUACAUUGCAAACUACAUUUUGGAUUUAUUCAAGCCAGUCGAGAAAUCCGUUGUUGUGGGAAUCGGAACCCGAAGAUGA